AACCAUGUCUAUAAGAGAUGCUUGGAAACUCCUUCAGUGGCCAAGGGGGUCAGAGGAGUAGGCAGCAAUGGCACACAGUAAAAUAUCUCCUAUAGAAGGUUCUAGAAGGAUCCUUGAAGACUACCACAUAGAUGAAGAUGUGGGCUUUGCUCUUCCACAUCCACUGGUGGACCUGCCUGAUGCUUACAGCCCCUGGACCCUUGUGGCUAGAAAUCUGCCUAUGCUGAUUGAAAACGGGCAGCUUCGAGAAGAAGUUGAGAAGCUGCCCACACUGCAGACUGACGGACUGAGAGGGCACAGGUUACAGCGCCUGGCACAUUUGGCCCUAGGGUACAUCACCAUGGCAUAUGUGUGGAACCGAGGGGAUGACGAUGUUCGAAAGGUGCUGCCCCGAAAUAUUGCUAUUCCCUACUGCGAGCUCUCAGAGAAGCUGGGGCUGCCUCCCAUCCUGUGUUAUGCAGACUGCGUCCUGGCAAACUGGAAGAAAAAGGACCCCAAUGGGCCCAUGACAUAUGAGAACAUGGACAUUCUGUUCUCGUUUCCUGGCGGGGACUGCGAUAAAGGCUUCUUCCUUGUCUCUCUAUUGGUGGAAAUCGCAGCUUCUCCUGCAAUCAAAGCAAUCCCCACUGUAUCCAGUGCAAUAGAGCAUCAAGACCUGAAAGCAUUGGAAAAGGCACUGUGUGAUAUAGCUACCAGUCUAGAGCAAGCCAAGGACAUUUUUAAGAGGAUGCAUGACAUUGUGGAUCCAGACACGUUUUUCCACGUUCUUCGAAUAUAUUUGUCUGGCUGGAAAGGCAACCCCAAGCUGCCAGAGGGUCUGCUGUAUGAGGGGGUCUGGGACACCCCAAAAAAGUUUUCAGGGGGCAGUGCAGGCCAGAGCAGCAUCUUCCAGAGUCUUGAUGUCCUUCUGGGAAUACAGCAUAACACUGGUGAAGGAUCUCCUGCAGAGUUUCUCCAGGAAAUGAGAGACUACAUGCCUCCAGCCCACCGGAACUUCCUUUUCUCCUUAGAGUCAGCUCCCCCAGUCCGUGAGUUUGUCAUUUCAAGACGCAAUGAAAACUUGAAGAAAGCUUAUAAUGACUGUGUGAAUGGUCUGGUCUCUGUGAGAAAGUUCCACCUGGCAAUAGUGCAUACUUACAUUGUGAAACCUUCCAGGCAGAAGCCCACAGAUGGCCGCAAGUCAGAAGAGCCCUCAAAUGUGGAAAACAGAGGGACUGGGGGUACUGAUGUCACAAAUUUCCUGAAGAGUGUGAAAGAUACAACUGAGAAAGCCUUUCUGAGUUGGCCUUAGUGUAGCAAGCUGCACUUCUAUCAGGGCACAGAAAACACCUUCAUGCCGUCAUAGCUCAAUAAAUCAGAUCCACCAAGUAAGACUAUAGAAUAAUUUGCCAGUAACAGACUGUAUAGAUUUCAAAAUCAUCUGUGCAUUCCCUGUAGGAAAAUAAUCAAAGCGAAUUAUUUAAUGAUAUUUUUAAAUGGUAUAAGAAAUAAUAUAAACUAUAUUUAUGAUUGUAAUAUAACAAUGAUUCUCAGUAAAUAAAAGUUAUUGUGAUGUUGA